UUUUAUGCAAAUGACAUUUUAAUGGCCAGCUGUAUGCGCUUGUAGUAAGAGCAUGCGCAGUGGAGGAUAUCAAAGCGGACAAGAUUCAAAGUUUUUGUUCAGCAAGUACUCGCGCAUUUCUCUGGUGUUAAAGGUUGUUUUUAACAUUGACCGACUGAGAGAAUAUGUUUGGCUUUCACAAGUCAAAGAUCUACCGGAGUAAUGACGGCUGUUGCAUCUGCAAAACCAAGUCCUCCAGUUCUCGGUUCACAGACAGCAGUCGCUACGAGGAGACGUUCCGACUGUGUUUUGGUCUCUCCGAGGACCGAGUUGGAGACAUAUGCAAUGCUUGUGUCUUACUGGUGAAGCGGUGGAAGAAGCUUCCAAAUGGGUCAAAGAAGAACUGGAAUCAUGUGGUGGAUGCCAGGGCUGGUCCAGGCUUCAAGGUGACAAAACCAAAGAAGAUGAAAAACAGUGAUGGAAAGAAGAAAAGUAAACUAAAGAAGCUUCAUAAGUUAAAGAGGCAAAUAGAUUCUGAUGCCCACAGCACCACCUCCAGCGUGUCUCCCGCCCAGUCGCCCUCUUACAGCCACCAGUCUGACGACGGCUCCGACAUAGAGUCCAAACAGAGACGCCCAACUCCCUCCAUCUUUUCUUUCUUGGAUCGUUCCUACUGGAAAAGGCAAAAGGUGUGCUGCGGAAUCGUCUACAAAGGCCGAUUUGGAGAAGUCAUUAUUGACCCGCGACUCUUCAAGCCCUGCUGCAGCUCCAAAAAACAGAAGUCACAAGUGGCCACAUGUCUGCCAGAAACACUUCCGCCUCAGAUCCAAGAAGACAUGAAAGAAAGCUGGUGAUUGCUUUAAUUCCCCGCUGGUUUAUCCACGACAUCCACUUGGAUUUGUCUCCAGUGGUAGACUUCCUAUUUCCACCUCCUUUUGUUAGACCAGUAAAAUGUUCCUUUUUUUACCUUAAUACUUUUUAUAUGUCUAUUUUUUAAAAAUCUUUUGUAUAGUUUAUUCUAUUUUUAUGAUUUUUUUUUUUUCAUAUAAGAAAAAAAGAGGAAAAAAAACCUUAUGGCCGUUAGUGUUAUUUAUAGGAUUCUCAGCCUCAGUUUCUGGGCUUUUUUUGUACAAAGUUAUCAGGUUUUGUGUAAAUAUUUUUGUUAUCUGAAGACAUAUCGUUUUUGUUCAUGGUUUAUUGUUUGUAAGUGCAUAUGAAAGUCACCAGCUUUUUUUCUAACAUCUUCCUUUUGUGUGCUUAAAUUACUCCAUAUGUUGCUUCAAUGUUUUGUGUCUUUCGUUGAGGAUUAUUUGAGCAGAAAGUACAACGGUUCAGCCUCUGCCAGGGCAUUUUACCGCAGUUGGAUAUCUGUUGUACUUUUACACAAACACAAGACAGUCCCUAUGUAAUCUGGGUAGGCAAAUACUGUGCAUGAAGUACAUUCCAUACUUUUUUUGGGGGGGUGUCACAUUUUGUAUUUAUUUCAUUUGUACAGACACAAAUCAAUUGACAGUUGCAUGUUGUAAAGCAAGUUUCUUAACGUUGUUGUAAAUAGCCAUUCGGUCUAUAAAGGACUUGAACGAUCUAUGAUUUUUGUACACAAGGUGUUUCUGGAAGACUUUAAACCAGAGUAGUUUCUUUGUAACUGUGUUCCCUCACUUUCACAAGCCCAUUUUCCCCAACACAUUAUUCCAGUCGCAUGCAAUGCUGUGGCCUAUUGGUUAAAUUUGGUACAGAAAUGUACAGACUGCAGGGAAAAGUAGGCGCUUCAUUGCAGCGUUGGUGAGCAGUAAAAUGCAUCAUGUUUAAUUGCCAAUGUCAUUCAUUUCCAAGGGUUUCAAAACCAAGAUACAUGAAAACUUAAAAAAAAAACUUUUUUUCCUCCAAAUUCUCUUGCCAAAAUACAAACUAUGCAGACGUUUUGAAUGUGAGUAAUGCUCCCGGGCUAUAUGGCACUUAUGCAAGUGUCUGGUGUCAACCAAAUUUACAUAAUAAUAACUCCAUAGUUUUUUUUGGUUUAGCAAUAUCAAACCAUUUUCUCUGUCAGACCUCCAAAAUGUCAAUAUAUUUUUUAAUGUGUGUCAUGUUAUCUAAUGCUCAGAUUGCACAGUUAAAGCCAUGGUGCAUGCUGUCUCAAAUUUUAUUCUGCAGUGACAAUGCUUUUUAGGCAUGUUACUGUAAACCAUCUCAAAGUUACUGUAUUGACAGGCUAUGCUUUGUAAAGUUGCUUAAUAUAUACACUUUAUACGGCAGGGUAGUUGAAUACUAAGCGUGUUUUAUGAUUUGUAUUGAAAGGAGAUACUGUUGCCUCCUGAUCGAAAAUAAGCUUGUUUUUUUUUGUUCUUAGGGAGUUGCCAUAUUUUUUUCAAGGUACAUUGUGAGAUAUAAAAUGUGCCUUAAUUCCCUGACCUUGUCUUUUUUUCUUUUUAAUUUAUAUUAUUUAUUGCAAACUUUUGAGGAAACAACUGACAUUUUGAGGACAAACCUGGUGUAGUUUUCUAGACUCUGAAUUUGUGCACUUCUUUCAAACAUGCAAUGUAAAUGGUUUUUUUUAAUGCAUUUUAUACUGUAACACAAAGUAGAUAUGACUUGUAAUAAAAAAGA